AUGUCCCUGGAAUCAAGCUUUAUGUCAUCAUCGUCUAUCUCAUCGAUCGCCGGACUUCGGCAACCAGCCCAGUUCAACUUCAUCGACGUCACGGACUGGCCUGCCUGGAGGGACGAGUUUGAAGACUACCUCUAUGCGUCCGGAACUCAAGAUAAACCAGGAGAAGUUAAGGUCAGGACAUUGCUUUACUGCAUGGGAAGAAAAGCGCGUGAAAUCUUACGAACCUUCAACCUAUCUGAGGAAGAGACAAAAGAUUACGGGAUUGUGCUUGAAAAGUUCAAUGCACAUUUUACUCAUUCACGAAACACUGUUUACGAGACUGCAAACUUCAGUCGACGGCAGCAGAAUCUUGGCGAAACCGUAGACGCGUACCUCGUAGAGCUGCACAAGUUGGCAGAAAAAUGUGACUUUGGCCUAACGAAAGAGCGGAUGAUACGAGACAGGUUCGUUGUUGGCCUAAUAGAUACUAAGCUGUCACAGUCGCUUCAAAUGGAUUCGUCUUUAACCCUUCAAUCGGCCCUAACGAAGGCCCGCCUAAAAGAAGCGGUUGUGAAGCAGCAAAGCGAGUUGGGGAAAAAAGACCUGGUUGCCGACACCGUGGGUUGUGACUGCAGAUGUUCAAAGCCAGCCCUUACUGAAGAAUUCGCAACCGAUCUUGUUAGCCGUCAGGAGAAGAGAGAUCGCCGCGGCGUUGACUCACGCCAUUCAUGCGCCCACUGCGGAUAUCGGCACCCACAAAGGCCCUGUCCCGCACGCAACAAAGAAUGUUUAAAAUGCUGCAGAGUCGGUCAUUUUGCAAAAAUGUGCCAUACUAGCCUCCCACAGUGGGAAAAACCGGGACCCAGAGACUAUCGCAGGAAUUUUGUAUCCGAGGUCACACUGCCCGAGAAUGAUUUCUUCCUCGGUACGGUAGCAAUGCAGACUCCAGCUCCCGUAACCAGAGAAGUAGAAGUCAGAGUCAAUGAUGUUCCUCUGCUAGCAAAGAUUGAUUCUGGCGCUGACGUCACUGUUGUCGGGUCUGGAUUCCCAGGGUUGCCAGACCUUCUUGAACCGCCAGACACACUGAAAGGACCAAGUGGAACCACGCUCGACGUUCUUGGGAAGUUCAGAGCAGUAAUCCAAUGGAAAAAGAAGACUACGUCCCAAAUGGUAUAUGUCGUGCACGGUCUAAGAAAGCCCCUCUUGGGGUUGCCAGCAUUACUUGACUUAGAGAUCAUACGUUUUUUGAACGAAGUGGAAGUCGGAGAAGAUCACUGGUCUACUCGCAAGUUUCCCGAGCUGUUCCGAAGUCUAGGCAAAAUUCCCGGGGAAUACGUCAUUCGAUUACAAGAAAACUGUACGCCGUUUGCCAUAGCCGCGCCACGUCGCGUUCCUUUCGCCAUGCGCACUUCGGUUAAGACAGAGCUCGACAAUAUGGAGAAACAAGGUGUUAUACGGAAAAUACACACUCCGACAGAUUGGUGUGCACCAAUCGUUCUUGUGAAGAAGCCAUCGGGGAAAAUCAGGAUCUGUGUUGAUUUGACGAAGCUCAACGAAUGCGUUAAGCGAGAAAGGUUGAUCUUGCCAACCGUUGAAGAGGUCUUGGGCAGCAUUGGCCCCGCCAGGUUUUUCACGAAGCUGGAUGCUAAUUCCGGGUUUUAUCAGAUUAUGCUCUCAGAAAAGAGUCAAGAGCUCACAACUUUCAUAACGCCAUUCGGACGUUAUUGUUUCCAACGCCUUCCCUUCGGGAUCACUUCAGCACCAGAGGUCUUUCAAAGGAAAAUUGCGCAAGUGCUUGACGACUUACCAGGAGUCCUGAACUUAAUGGAUGACAUCCUUAUUUAUGGAGACAACAGAGAAGAACACGACCGGAGACUAAAUGCAGUCUUACAGCGCCUGUCUGACAAUAACGUCACCCUGAAUCUCGAGAAAUGCAAAUUCUUUGUGGAGAAGAUUUCGUUCUUGGGAGUUCUCAUUGACCAGCACGGAAUUUACCCGGACCCCAGAAGAGUAGAAGCGUUGACAGCUCUAGAACCUCCUCAAAACGUUUCGGACUUGCGUCGUAUUCUAGGGAUGUUCAACCAUGUUGGAAGGUUCAUCCCUAACAUGUCAACAUUAUCAGCACCUCUGCGCGAACUUCUUGUGAAGAACGUUGACUGGUAUUGGGGAAACGGCCAACAGGAUGCUUUUCAACGUCUAAAGGCCUCCAUCUCUUCUGGAAUUUGUAUGGCCAAGUACAACCCUAAUCUCCCGACGAUACUGUCAGCAGAUGCCUCAUCCUACGGGCUUGGAGCCGUGCUACUGCAAGUCCAGCAACCUGGGGACCGUAAGCCAGUAGCGUACGCGUCGCGAUCACUAAACAGCGCCGAAACUCGUUAUUCUCAAAUGGAGAAAGAGGCUUUAGCCUUAACCUGGGCCGCGGAGAAGUUUGACGAAUAUAUCUGUGGUCUGCGCUGUACCUUCGAAACUGAUCACAAACCGCUUGUCUCCCUCCUCGGUCUCCAGCAGCUGGAUCAGCUACCACUAAGAAUUCAGAGGUUUCGGCUGAGACUAAUGAGAUACGAUUACGACGUCACCUAUGUACCCGGUGCGUCCAUGACAAUAGCCGACGCUCUUUCGCGUUCUCCGCUGAAGGACACCACGUCAUCCCUUACUGCCGAUGAAGUUUCGGCAUUCGUACGUGGAGGAAUCGAGGCGAUCCCGGACUCCGACAAAUUGCUAGACCGUAUCCGGGAAUUUCAGAAAAAAGAUGAAGUGUGCAGCACACUAAGAGAGUAUUGCAAAACGGGAUGGCCCCCCAAAGGGCGAAUUAACCAGGCACUACGUCCUUAUUACGAACAAAUGGCAAAACUCUCAGUGUGUGAAGACGUCCUACUGUGCGGCCAGCGUAUCGUAAUUCCCAUGUCUCUGCGAGAAGAAAUUCUGGGUCGCAUACACGAGGGACACCAAGGAAUUGUUAGAUGCAGACAGAAAGCGAAGGAGUCUAUCUGGUGGCCGGGUAUCAGCAAGGAGCUGGCGGACCUUGUUAGAGCCUGUUCCGUCUGCGAGGAGUACAGACUUCAGCCGUCAGAACCCAUGAUCCCAACGGAGACACCUCCCCUCCCUAGUAACGGAGCUAACACUACAGAAUGCAGUCAGUAUCUAUAG